AGCGGUUUGGAUAAUGGAUGGAUGGAUAAGAGUUAUACAGUCGUGACACAUUGUCUUGCCUCGUCUUCGCAGUUCACGCACCAGCUAGCGGGAGGGGCGAGAAAGUGAACGAGUUAAAUGGGGACGAGGAGUUGUGACUCCGGACUCAGCGAAAAAGGAGUCGUUCGUUUUGAACGACUCGUCCACGAAUCGCACAUCACUGGAGCACCGCGACAACGGCGGGGGGGGGAAAAUGGCUUCCCUGGACGUUCAGGAGUUUAUUCAGCAAAACAGAGCGUUGGCCGACCAGGUAGAAAGGUUUCGCGGCGUUUCAGAAAGUGACAAACACUGGGAGGGCCGGAGAGAGUUCUUACUGCGGAACAUGAACGAUUACGAAGAGGCAGACGUGGACCAUCUGCUGGCUCUGUCCAUGGUCUGGGCGAAUAACGUCUUCCUGGGCUGUCGGUACAGCGCCGAGCUGCUGGAGAAAGUGAAGGAAAUGGCCGAGGGGAUCGAGGUGGAUGCACCAGUAUUUAUGACCAGGGACGAAAUUGUCAAAAAGCAACAGGGUCGAUGAUGAGACCAGGCCAAAUGGAUCAACUGUCUGGAUUUUCCGCUGGUUCUUUUGUGUUGAUGACUUAAGUUGGUGGAGACUGAGGACAGGGGAUUUUAUCAACUUGUGUACCAUGGCUAAACUUGCGAUGUAUGAGUCUUUUUUUUUGUUUUGUUGUCCAAAUGGGUUGAUUUGUUUUGAGUUGACUGAGCUAGAUAUCAUGGACACUGAUAGCUGUAAAUUGAACUUUGAUUUUCUAUUAUCAGUGCACUAACAGUAUAAAAGUUCUCAACUUCUUACCCUUUUUGAACAUGAUCGGUAUUAUUUGGGUUUUUUAUUUGCCCCUUAAAUGUUGCUGAUGAAUUUAUUUGUUUCUAUUGCUUGUUAUUUUUUUUGGAAUUUUUCCCCCUUUUCUCCCUUAUUGUACUUGGCCAAUUACCCCACUCAUCCAAGCCGUCCCGAUCACUGUUUCACCGCCUCUGCUGAUCCGGGGAGGGCUGCAGACUACCACAUGCCUCCUCCGAUACAUGUGAAGUCGCCAGCUGCUUCUUUUCACCUGACGGUGAGGAGUUUUGCCAGGGGGACAUAGCACGUGGAAGGAUCACACUAUUGCCCCCAGUUCACCCUCCGCCCCAAAAACAGGUGCCCCGACUGACCAGAGGAGGCACUAGUGCAGUGAUCAGGACACAUACCUUACCUGCUUAUGUUUUUUUAACGCGUUCAAUAAAUUGAUUGAUUGAAGUCUACCGGUGCAUAUUUCUUGGUUGUUGAUGCAGAUUUUUUUUCAAGAUAUUUUUGUACAGUAAGACUUUUUUUAUUCAUAACUGUUUUAAAUGUCCAAAGACUGAAGCUGCAUCAGGUUAGAAUGGGGUGCAUAUCCUGUUUCUUUUUGUUCUGCUUAUGCAGGUGCUUGCCUCCUUGCUUACCUCUAGAUAUACAUCUUGUUACUUAGGUGAAGCAUUUUAGAGUUGUCAUUUUGUCUGUCAAUUUGCCAUUUGCUGUUAAUUAGGUUGCCACACAAAUAUCAAGUCAUUUGUAUAGUGCAUGAUUUCAAAUUACACUCGGCCUA